UCCUGCAGUUUUCCAGCUCCAACAGUCUCAUUAAAAAAAAGAUACACACCAUCAACUCGCUCAGUUCCCCAAUUCCCACAUUCUUGCAGUUUUUGUUUGACAUUGAAUUGCCUAUUUAUAUCCACCUGCUGAUUAAAUACCAUAAACUUCCCCUCCGCAUGGUUCUCUGAGUCCUACAGCCCGAAGAAUGGAUUUAAAUAAUCAGUGUGUCUGUGUGAGUAAGACAGUGAUUUGCAUCCAUCCUGCAGAGACACUGAGUGCCAUUCUUCUGUCAGGAACAAGGGUGGGUGUCUGUGGAGCCGCACUGGAGCUAUUUCCCCUACUCACAGACUUAUCUCUGUCCUGAGAAGACCAUGCAACCUACCAGCUCUCUUGUCUGUACGGCUGCUGGUUGAUUGGAUUAUUAGGAUCCUAAGACUUGGCCCAGGAUCAAUCAAUGUUUCUGAAUCAGUCUGUACUGAGUUUUAACAUGCAGAGACAGACUUUAAGACAUCCCUUAUUUUGAGUUGCAGCAUGCUGAUGUGGUAACCACAGUUUCCUCUCUAUCAACGGAAGACAGUAGCAGGUGCAUACAAAAAAGCAGCAGUAAGAACUUGAGCCUCUACAAGCCAACCAAAACUCCAUUUAGUGAGUGACACAUUAAACUGAAGUCAGGAAUGCUACCCUGUGAGAAGAGGAAAAGAGGGAGAAAACAACAAUGGAAGGGGGAGGAGAGAGAAAGAGAGACAGACACACAGACAGAGAGAGAGAGAGAAAGAAAAUGAGAGCGGACGAGAGGACAAACCAGUGUGGCAGGUUUGUGUCACUGUACACAGUCCGUCAUGAAAAGCUGAUGGCAUGAGACGGAGAAAAAAGAGAGACAGGAGCUAGGAGCUGAUGUCAUUACACAGUGCUGCCUUCAUUAUGAACCUGUGUCAACACAGUGGUGUAGGACAAGCACAGGAGUCACCAUUACAGAAGGCAAUGGGAGCUGUUUGCUGAAGUCGUGCAAGGGAACCAGAGACUCGAAGGGGCAGAACGACAAGAAAUCAAGGAGAGGAGCCCUGAGGAGUCAUCUCUUCUAGACCACAAAACUAAGAAUAAUCAGGAGCAUCACUGAAAUAUCAAACUUUUUAAUGCACCAUUUGUUUCUGUGCAAGAAAGUAGGAGGACUUUUCACACUCAAAACUGCAGCAUUCAAACUCUAAAAGAUAGUUGCUUGGAAUCUCUUAAAUAUCAAGUUCACUCUUCCGCUCUCUUUUUGGGAUUUGGCACUUGACAGGCAGUCAUUAACUUUGUUUACUCUCAGACAAUGGACUUGUCCUUGCUCCCUACUCCAUCAAGUGAGCGCAACAACCAGAGGACAGGAGCAUGCUUCACUGUCCGCUCAGCAAACUCUCCGUCUUACCGCCUCACUCGCAGGCCAGGUGUUAGGACACCCCUAGUUUUCUCAGAGGAGGAGAGGCAGGGUACUGACCGAGUUGGAGAAAGAGAGAGAUCCAGGACGCACACUGGCACAAAUUGUGCAAACAAGGAGGAAAAUCGCACAGUCACUGGUGAAGCCAAGACUGGGAGUAGCAGCACUGUCAAAGGUCAGUGUGAGGAGAAGGAAGCAUCAGGCUAUAAAAUGUCUACCAAGCUGAACCACAAUGGCACAACAGACAACACAGCCACUGGGUUUGGCACUGACAAAAGUGGGAACCCUAUAUCUGAAACCCGGGGCAGGACAGAGUGGAGGAGACACAACCUGUCAAGUAGAAGUAAGAGUUUAGAUUGGAGAACAGGGGAAAAAAGCCCUGACCGGGGCAAAAGGGCUGACAUGUUGUCAGCCAAAACAGGUGAGGACAUCAGCAAACAGGGUGGAGGCUUGGAUGUAAGACGGACACGAAUUGAAGGAGUGAGGACCUUUUACAACUCUCCAGGUACAAGUAAUGUUGUGCGAGAGAGUAGCCCAGUGAGUCACAUGAGUGAGACUUUGAACAGGGCCAGUAGGGGUAAUUCUCUCCCCUCCAGAAUGAGGUCCCAGUCCGGAUCAGGCUCUGGUGUCAGAGGAACAUCUACUUCGUUUGGACCCAAAGGAGGUCACAGUAUACUGGAGCGGAUAGAGAAACUCUACGGGUCAGCUGGUUUUGAUAAAACGGAGGAUUGCAGCUUAAAUAAGGAUUUGUCCACCCCUGUAACGUCCCAUCGCAAAGAAACUACCACAGACUUCCCCACUUCAGCACAACAGACUUCAUAUGAGGGGGUAGCAGGGGGAACGUUCCCCAGGUGUUUCUCAUCAGGAGCGAAAAGGAGCCAUAGUCCAGUGCAAAGCGGGAAAUCAUUCACCUCGACACAAAAAGACUCUUCUGAGACACUAUCUCCAGCGACAAGAAGUAUCAGGGAGAAAUGGUCAGGGGGACAGUGGCAAGGAGACACCCGGGGCAGGUAUUCAGAGGUAGGGGGAGUUCACUCGGGAAGAGGAUCAGAGCAAAUCAGCACGAGGUCUCUGGAUGGAGCGAGGAGCAGGUGGACUGUAGCACCUCAGAUAACAUCUGCAAGGGCUGUGGGAGGAAUUGCCUCAGCUCCACAAUCAAACACUUUCUUAGAAGAAGAGAGAUCGGUUUCCAUGAGAGAUUCGUCUGGAGUGAGAGACAGAAGGGCAAGUGGAAGUAAGGAUCAGGGCAGGGUGAACCAUGGAGAGGAAAAGGGCGAGACUAAUGGAAUUAAUGGGAAAUUGAGAGAAAGAACUGGUGGACUUAAAGAACAGGAAAAAGAGAAAGACACCGAUGACGGACCAAAACAAAAAACUGAAUUGAAGGGUAGCCUCAGUGAUGAAGAUGUGUUUGAGCCAACACAGAAAAUCACAUUGAAAACAAUAGAGAAGAAGAAAUGCCAAGAUAUAGUGUCAGGCCCCUCUGCAGCCAGUGUGAGAAAUAAGAUCAAUCAGUUUGAGGCUCUGACACAGAGAUCCCAGGGUUUGACUACAGGAAAGGUCCUGAUGUCCAGACGGGCCUUGUCUGUGCCAACAAAACUCAGCAGUGCAUAUGAUGGAGUUAAAAAGAGUGGGUCAGCAAGAGUGAUAGAUGCAUUGAGAGGCAAGUGGGAGGGAUUGAAAGAGGGAGGGGAGGCAGGUGAGAUAACUGAGGAGAAAGUGACAGGAGCAGGAAAGAAGCUGGGAUCAGAAAGGUCUUUAUCAGUGGAUGAGGUUGGACUAGCAUUAGGGAGGAAAGAGAGAGAAUGGAAUAAUGAAGUAAAAGAAACAGAUGACUGUAAAAACUGCACUGAAGAUUUUGGUAAAUAUUCAAGACUCAAGACUGCACAAGAAAUGCCACUAAAUGGAGGAGCUCAAAGAUGCAGCGGAAACGUUUACAUAGAUGAGACAGAUUUCUCCAAAGUCUCAAGCCCUGAGAAGACAUGCGAGAGACCACCAUCCUCACUUCUGUCCAACUCCGGUGACACUUCCACCGGUGUGCAGAAAACCGCUGUCCCUAGCGUUAUGUUACCUGUUUGUGAGGAAGAGAAAACUCCAACAAACACUCCAAACCACUCAGCCAUUUGUUCACCUGCCGCACAGCCGGAAAACGCCACUCCCUUUGCAGACAGUGAAAAUGAAAGCAUUUCUGUCCACACACAAGCAGCCAGUACUCCAGAACCAGAACCCCAACCUCUCUCUCGUCCCCUCACCACUUUGUCUCACAGCAACCUCCCUGAUCUCAUCUCUCCAGAUGUCAAAGCAGCCCAUCCAAAUAGGAAGAAACCGGCGUUGGACAUGAAUGCUUGGGUUGCUGGCUUGAACACAAAGAUUAAGGUCUGGAAUGACGAAGAUGAUUAUGAGGAUGAUGAUGAUGAUGAUAGUACACAGAAGGAUGAGGAUUCAAACUAUGAUUCAGAUUCUGGAGAGUCCUCUGUGACCAUUACUAGUAACAUGAGCCAGUCAGAUCACAGGAGCUUCAGUGUCAGUCUGUCAGACCUCUGUAACUUUGCUGGAGUUGACUAUGAGUCAGAGAAUGACAGCGAUGAGUGGCAAUCUACAUGCCAGCGGACUGCCUCUCUGAGCUCAGAUGCGUCGGCCCUGUCCUGUGUGUCUGUGAUGCCCAGUGAGGAGCUCGACAGGCUGCUGGAGGAUGUCAGGAGCCUGGGGGACAGCAACCUGCAGGAUUAUGACGAUGUGCAGGUGGUGGUUCUCCAUAAGGAGGUGGGAGUAGGACUGGGCUUCAGUUUGGCAGGCGGCGUGGACCAGAACAAGCCAGUCACUGUUCACAAAGUGUUUCACUCAGGUGUUGCAGCCCAGGAAGGCUCCAUAAGGGAAGGGUACCAGGUCUUGUCAAUCAAUGGCACAGCACUGUGUGGCUAUGCCCACUGGGAGGCCUUGAGGGUCCUGAGAAAAGCAAAGACUCGGGAGUUAGGGGUGGUGGUCCUGAGGAGGGGAGGCAUUUACAAUGUCUCUAAGGGGGGAGUGCAGACAAAUAAUCAGGGAACAACGCAGACUCAGUUCACAGAGACAGGUCAGCAUGUGUGUGUGCAUCUGGAGAAGAACAGCAGGGAUCUGGGCUUCAGCCUGGAGGGAGGUGUAGGCUCCAGUCCGGAGAACAGACCACUCACUGUGCAAAAGAUCUUCCAUGGAGGUCCUGUUGACAAGGUGUUUCCUGGUGAUGAAGUUGUAGAGAUUGGGGGUGUGAGCGUGGUUGGGAUGAGACGCCUAGAGGCCUGGACUUUGAUCAGGAGACUGGCCCCCGGACCUGUGGACGUGGUGCUUCGUCGCACACUUAGACAUCCGAAAACAUGAGAAUUACUGAGGUCUGAAGUUCAGUGAAUGAACAUGAAAUACUUAAAUUAAGCGAGUUAUUUGCGCCAUUUGCCAUUCAAACUAUAUAUUUUUUUAGUCUUUAUAACAAAGCCCUAAAGGACAUAUAAUCUUGGAUACCAGAUCAAAAGUAUGUAUCUUCCUUCAGUUCUGUGGAUUACAUCUACCUCAAUGCUUGAAAUAUUUCUGUACAUGCACUGACAGCAAUUAUAUUUAUCAAGUCAACCAACCUUUGUAACAUUAGUUCGGUUGGUAAAAAGCCAUAAUGUGGCCCCUGUAAAUGAGAAUACAUGUUGUAAUAUAUUGUGAAUAGAAGCUAACUGCAUUUAGAGUUUUUAUUGCUUUUUAAUAAAUCCUAACUUAAAGUGA